GCCACCGCCUGGAGAGAGCUGCCCGCCCGGCCGAGCCCGCCACCAGGUGACCUAGCCGCCAGUUUCAGGAUGCCGAACUGGGGAGGAGGCAAGAAAUGUGGGGUGUGCCAGAAGACGGUUUACUUUGCCGAAGAGGUUCAGUGUGAAGGCAGCAGCUUCCACAAGUCCUGCUUCCUGUGCAUGGUCUGUAAGAAGAAUCUGGACAGCACCACCGUGGCGGUGCACGGUGAGGAGAUCUACUGCAAGUCCUGCUACGGCAAGAAGUAUGGGCCCAAGGGCUACGGCUACGGGCAGGGCGCCGGCACGCUGAGCACCGACAAGGGGGAGUCCCUGGGCAUCAAGCAGGAGGAGGCCCCUGGCCACAGGCCCACCACCAACCCCAACGCCUCCAAGUUUGCCCAGAAGGUUGGCGGUUCUGAGCGCUGCCCCCGAUGCACCCAGGCCGUCUAUGCUGCAGAGAAGGUGAUUGGUGCUGGGAAGUCUUGGCAUAAGUCCUGCUUCCGCUGUGCCAAGUGCGGCAAAGGCCUGGAGUCAACCACCCUGGCUGACAAGGAUGGCGAGAUUUACUGCAAAGGAUGCUAUGCUAAAAACUUCGGACCCAAGGGCUUCGGCUUUGGGCAAGGAGCUGGGGCGCUGGUCCACUCGGAGUGAGGCCAUGCCACCCGCCGCCCCCAGCUCACUCCCUUGCUUCUCAUUGCCCUUCCCUUCCCGCAGCCUCAGCCACCUGCAGGAUUCCCUCUUCCUCAGUCCUGCCACACAUCACUAAUGACGAACUUGGGCAUCUGGCUCCCUUUAGUUUGGGGGUGGUCUGCCUAAGGUCCCACCUCCCUAAGGAGCUCCCCCUGCUUGGGAGCUGAUGCCACUGCCAGCAGGAGACCUCAGGGUUGUUAGUCUAGGUAGGACCGUGCCCCUGUCCCCACCCCCCGCCCCACAGACCUCUGUUCUUGGCCUCUUAGGCUGAGUGUCCACCAUCAACUGGCCACACCCUGAGCCACGUCUUGGAGCCCAGAGGAGGGGCAGCAGCAGGCCUGGUGGGGAGGGGAGCAGGACUGAGGUGGGGCGAGGGAAGGCUGUGGUUCACUGGAUCCCGGAGAUUCUCCUCCUUGUGUAGGAGGUGGGCUUCUUGGUGUCCCUCAGAACAG